AUGGCAUCAAGACAGAUCCCACAAGAUGCGGAAGAUCAUCUGAACAAGUAUGUGGGCAUCAAUGCCUCAGACAUCAACUAUACAGCAGGGAGGUACGAUACAACACUCAAACCGCCAUUCGACACCGGGUUUGAGGGUAUUGGUGAAGUGGUGGCUGCCGGUGAUCAGAGCAAGGUGAAGGUCGGCCAAUCUGUCCUCUACAUGAUGAUGGGGGCAUUCGCAGAAUACAAGCUCCUGCCUGCCAAACAUGUCAUCCCUGUUCCAAGUUCCAACCCAAAGUUUAUUCCCUUCCCCGUGAGUGGGUUGACGGCCGCCAUCAGCUUAGAUAAGGUUGGGGAGAUCCAGACAGGAGAAAAGGUUCUUGUGACAGCUGCUGCGGGGGGCACCGGUCAGUUUGCUGUCCAGUUGGCGAAGCUAGCAGGCUGUCAUGUCAUCGGUACCUGUUCUAGUGAGGAAAAAGUGAACUUUCUAAAGAGUCUUGGCUGUGACAGACCAAUCAACUACAAGGUUGAGAGUGUCAAAGACGUCUUGAAGAAUGAAUACCCGGGUGGGGUUGAUGUUGUGUACGAGUCUGUGGGAGGGGAGAUGUUCGAUACAUGUGUCAACAGUUUGGCAACAAAGGGUCGGUUGAUCAUUAUUGGCUAUAUCUCUGGGUAUGAGAGUCAAGCUGGGUUCAAACCUUCACGGCUGUCAGCUCUGCCACAGCGGCUUCUGCCCAAAUCAGCCAGCGUGCGGGGUUUCUUCUUGUUUCAUUAUACCAACUGUAUACAGGAAUACAUGGCCAAACUCACCACGCUCUUCACACAAGGCAAGCUGCAGAGCGUGAUAGACCAAGGGGAGGCAACUCCUAAAGGGCCAUUUGUUGGACUGGACAGUGUUCCAGAUGCUAUCGAUUACAUGUACCAGGGCACGAACAAGGGAAAGGUGGUGGUUCAGCUGGGGGCCUCCACAUCCAGCAAACUGUGAAAGCAGUCAUCAGGAAAAUAGUUUGAAGAACUAGGAGAAUGAGUCUUGCUUGAUGUUGAUAUUCCAAGAAAUGUAUCCUGACACUGUAAUCAAAAGUAAUUUGUGGAAUUACCAAAUAUUUGACAUGGAGUACUUUUCUCAAGGUUGAGAGAAUCUCAUUAUUAUCAGAAUUGUUACUCCAAUAAAACUACCUCUCUGCACACAAAACCUCCUCUAAAUAUUUGGUAUAAACAACAUGUUGUACUGUCAAAAUGAACAUAAACCAUGAGUUCCAAAUGGAAAUAAUAAUGGUGGAACACUAUUUGUUGAGAAUACUGUAUGCAUGAUAGAGUUUCUGGUGCCACAGUACCUACACCUAAAAGAUCACCAUCACCAUCAAAGGAAUAUUUUUAUUAAGUGUGUUUCCUUUUGUGAACAUGAAACUUUAUAAAUUGUGAUAGUAAAGCAAUGAAUGAAUUUGGAAAGCUGACAUAUGAUUGGCUCCAGAACACACAUGCUUCAUGUUGAUUGGGCAAUGUCAAUGGUUUGUUGGUGUAAAGUAUGAGUGUGAGGUUGCAGAGACGCAGACUGGAGUUAUUGAUCAGAUUUUGAUCACACUGAGGGAUAUACUACAUCAGGUGGCCUAAAAUAUGGCAGGUCACAGACGGCUGGUCUCAACACACAGGGUGGAAACAUGGAGAAAUGUUAGACGCACAAAGAAACUGAAUAUUUCUUAUUUGUCUUUCUCCUGGAGCAGUUAACCUCAUAUGUAAUCUUCUCAUCAUUCAAACAUCACUGAUUUACUGAUUGGUCAUGAAAUUUUAAAUAAAGAUAUUUUUAUAUGAAA